AUGAAGGGGUGCACCUGGGUAUUUGUGGCAUCUUUACUUUGUCAGCAGUUUUGCCUCUUCAGAGUUACGGCAGCAAAGAGAGAGAGGAAGAUGAAGAAAGAACCUAAUCAGUAUACGGAGCCUUUCAAUGUGACCCUCUCAAACAGUGAGGAACUGCACGGGCAUCCCAAGAUCCUAGAAUCUCCAGAUCCUCGAAUCACGGAUCCACGGCGGACCUGGAUCUCCUUUGUUCACCGCCCAGAUGAUGGCAAUACCUCUAAAAGGAGAUGCAAAGGGAAAGACAAGAAAUUACGUGGCCUUGUUGGGCCCCCAGGACCUCCUGGUCCCCAGGGACCUCCAGGAGCACCUGGUGCUGAAGUCACCCGGGAAGUCCUCCUGCAGGAGUUUAAGGAGAUAUUAAAAGAAGCCAUUGAGCGUCGAGCAUCCCUGGCUAUUUCAGCCCAUCCUAGCCAGCUGCCUCCACUCCUGCUCUCCUUGGAGGAAGUUUCGCCCCACAGACAUGUAGAGGAGGCAUUCCAUUGCAAGCUAAAAGGACAAGUCAUUGUAGAUAAGAAGACCCUGGUAGAACUUCAGAACUUCCAGUCGCCUCUGGCCAAAGGAGCUUUUCUCCGGGGGACGGGAUUAAAUCUGGCAACAGGACGUUUCACAGCACCUGUGUCCGGCAUCUACCAGUUUUCAGCAAAUGUCCACAUUGACCACAGUGAGUUGAAGAGUAAAGUCCAACUCCGAGCCAGAGAUAAUGUCCGAGUGUUGAUCUGCAUUGAAUCUCUGUGCCACCGAUACACGUCUUUGGAAGUGAUUGCUGGUCUGGAAAGUAACAGCAAAAUCUUCACUAUCUAUGUCCAUGGCUUACUGCAGCUGCAGGCUGGCCAGUACACCUCCAUAUUUGUGGACAACAGUGCUGGAGCUCCCAUCACCAUUCAGAAUGGAUCAGACUUCAUGGGGAUGUUAAUGGGCGCAUAGCAUCAUCUGCAGCAGUGUAGCAGGGAAGGAUAUGAAUUAGAGCCUUGCAGUGUAUAUUUGACUGAAGAAACCUUUAUUUUGACUCUUGAAGACUUCUUCCUGUAACUGUUGGCAUCUUUUUAAACAAAGAGCCUUUCCUCACAGAUACUUCAGCUUGCUUUCAGAGGCUACUGCUUUUCAAGGUCCACACCAGUUCAUUCA